AACAGCUUAAAAUACACAAUCUAAAACUCUAAAACAGAAAACACUGCAGCACAGAAAUUGUAUUUGAAGACAGUAGGCUUGAUGAUCUAGUAUAUGGACACGUUGAACAGCUGUUUAUAUUAACACCGCCUCCAGGUUCAUGUGAAACGCUUGUAAAAAUGUUCUGAUUAACAGUAAACAACUGUCACUAAGUGUUAGAACAUGCCAGAUAUGUGAGUAAAUGGUGUGAUUACUGCGAUGGGGAUUGAAAUGAGCCGUAUCAUGACGCAGAACAAUUGAAGGAAGGAAAAGUUCUGGAGUUCUUCAGAUAUUUGGGCUUGAGGUUGACUUUGAAAAGGUGCAAUGAAUGUCGAAAGAGUCCCAUGAGAAAAAUAAUACUACGUGUUUGCAUUUUCAGGCCUUCCUUAUUUGAGUGAUUACUAUGGCAACAAAUGUGUUCAUCAACAAUCAGCAGCCUCAGCCUCCGACUCUGGUUGCUGUCCACUCUAAUCAGUGGAGCACCGGCAUCUGCGACUGCUGCAGUGAUUUAGAUGUUUGUUGCUUUGCCUGCUGGUGUUUUCCCUGCUUCACCUGCAGCACCAUGUCUACGUUUGGAGAGAACUUCUGUCUCCCCCUGCUGGAUAUGAUGCUCAGCACCCAACCAUGCACUCCCCCCGUGUCUAUGUCCAUGAGAGUUGCUGUGCGCAGCCGCUAUGGAAUCCAGGAAGACAUGACAAGUGACUGUAUGUAUGCUACUUUCUGCAACACCUGCUCGUGGUGCCAGAUAGCCAGAGAGAUCAAGAGACGCAAACAGACUCUCACAAUCAUCAAUGCCCAGCCAGCGUACAUGGGUGUCCAACAGUAUGUAAUGAACGCCGAGCUCGGAGCUGUCACAUCUCAGCCAAUGAUCUCAGCUGAGGUCCUGACCUCCAGGGCCAUGUAACCACUUGUUUGCUUUUAAUUCUGCUAAUCUAUAUUACAUAUUUGGGUCCACUUUUAGACUUCGGUGAAAGAGAAUUUUAUCAACUUUUCAAUAUCCAGGAAUGUCACCCUGUUUCCUCCAGGAUAUAAAACAUCUGCAGAGCUGUCCUAACAUGUCAGGGGCAGGCAUGUGGGAAAAUGAUAAGACAAAUAUGUGCACACAGUCCAGUGUGAUAGAAAGAUAAUGAUAAUGAAUGAUUUGAUUGUCUCCAUAAAUAAAACUUACAGCCUUUGGAAUGUGUAGAAUCUGAAGCUUGAGUUAUUUUGUUUUAUUUCACUGUAAGACAUUUCCCUUUCUCAAAUGAAAUACUGGACUCCUCACUCAGAGGGUGUGCAAGAAGCUUCAGGAAUAGAUCUCAUGUGCUGGUGGAGGUAGGACUAAUUUUAGUUCCCUAAAAUUGAAAAAUGUCAGCACUGUUCCCAGUCUAAAUAAAUAUGAGCCCUCUGUUUUUUUGUCAGUUGUUUAACUGGCUACUUCACACACACAUACACACCAUUCAGCUGUACAGCCACAGCAUUUAAACUAGUGACUGGUUUUUAAUACUGUGACCUGUCGGUGUGAUGAAAAACUUCACUUUCUAAUUUUUUUAUCUGUAACUUCUCUGCCAGCAGCAGACUUCCUCCCUCUCCAGUUUGGAUUUCUUUCAAAUUCCAGUCAAUUUCCUACAAUUCCUAUAACAAUACUUGUAAACUCUAUGUGUUGCUACUGGAGAAAAUAAGGAUUUUACACAUAAAGUCAAUUUUCACAGGGUAUUACUGUUCUUUGUGUUACAGAAUCACUUGAAUGUCAGAGGGACUGUGGGUGAAAUCUUGUGUCUGAUUGGCUGUUUCUGCUCUGAGUACACAUGUGACUAAUCAUGUGAUCACUGUUCUUAAAGGGUACCAGCAUACCUUACUGCAUGUAGCUGUGAAUGUGUCUUAGAGAAUUUAUGAGAUUGCGCCUUUGAGGACUAUUUGAAGGUAACUGCAGUACAUAUAAUCCUGAUCUGCACAGUAAUAAAGUCACGUGUUAGUUUGGUUUUA